GCGGGACACUUUCUUCAGAACUGGACUCAGAGCGGGAACCUUUCUUCACAGCCAGGCUCACAGAUGUGUGUGUCCAGGUGUCUCCGCUGCGUGGGCAUUUCUCUGGUUCCCAUGGCGAUACUCAGCAUGCUGUCCAACAUCCUGCUGCUGCUCCCCGAGCUGGACGUCCGCUUCCUGCUGGACGGACACGUCACCCGAGAAGCCGCCUGGUCCACCGGGCUGUGGGGGUCCGGGUUCCUGGUUCUUCUGGGAGCACGAGCUUUUGUUGAGAGCAGCAAGACGAGAGGCUGCUGGGCCUUCAGGAGUCAGAUGUGUUGCCAGAUGUUGUAUUCCUGCGUGUGCCUGCUGGCUGCUGCCACCUGCUGUCUGGUCAGCGCCACUGGUCUGUCCCAGGGUCCUCUGUGUCUCUACAACUCCUCAUCUGGACAGGUGUGGGGUGUCCCGCUGCAGCCGCGUCCCGACAGUUACUCGGGAUACCUGUACAACAGGACGCUGUGGACGGGCGUGUGUCUGAGUCCCCGGGCUGUGGUGCAGUGGAAUGUGGUGCUGUUCUCCGUGAUGGGCGGCAGCAGCGCCCUGCAGACCCUCCUGUGUGGGAUCAACCUCAUCAACUCGGUCCUCGGACUCCUGAUUGGACACAGCUGCUGUCACAACAAGGUGUCUCCUGUCUCGGCGUGAAGUCGUCCUCCUGAACUUGACAGAUUCAAACCUUAUUUAAACACAUUAUUUAUUUUAUUUAAAUUCCAACACGGUAAAAUGAUCACUGAUGAAUGAAUGAAUGAAUGAAUGAACG